UUCCGAUUCAAAACCAAAAUCAAUCCAACAACGCUUUCUGUUUAUCAAUAAAAAUCGCUUCACUCCAGAAAUUCAGUCCGCUUGCGGGGCAGUGUUUUAAUGUAAAAACAAAGUGUAAUAUCAGUGAAGUUUGACGAAAGGAAUGCAGCAAUGCUGCUUUAUUGAAUUACAGUGGAUUAUUGGAAGUAACCGCACGAGAAAAUCGAGUUAACCCAGUAAGAUGAGCUUCGGCGAUCGGAUUGAGGACUACGAAGUGUACGAAAUUCUUGGCAAAGGUGGAUUUGCAAGUGUUUACCGUGCAAGAUGCCUGGGAAGUGGAACCUUCGUGGCGAUCAAGAUGAUCGACAAAAAGUUGAUGCAAUCCUCGGGGAUGGCCAAUCGAGUCCGGCAGGAGGUCAGUAUCCAUUCCCAGCUGAAGCACCCGUCAAUCUUGGAACUGUACACGUUCUUCGAGGAUGCCAGCCAUGUCUAUCUGGUUCUGGAGCUGGCCGAAAACGGUGAACUGCAACGGUAUCUCCGUGAGACGAAGAAGACUUUCAAUGAAUAUGAAGCUGCGUCGGUCCUGAAACAGGUGGUGGAUGGCCUUCUGUAUCUCCAUUCGCACCACAUUCUGCACCGGGACAUGUCCCUUGCCAAUCUGCUUCUGACGAAACAGAUGACCGUCAAGAUAUCGGACUUUGGACUGGCCACGCAGUUGACACGACCGGAUGAAAAGCAUAUGACCCUAUGCGGGACUCCGAAUUAUAUUUCGCCGGAGGUGGCGUCCCGGGCAUCACAUGGUCUACCGGCCGAUGUCUGGGGUCUUGGUUGUAUGCUAUACACUUUCCUGGUGGGGAAACCUCCUUUCGACACGGAAGGAGUCAAGUCCACCCUGACGAAGGUCGUGAUGUCCAACUACACCAUUCCGCCGUACAUUUCUUCGGAGGCACGGGAUCUGAUAGAUCAACUAUUGAAGAAGAACCCUGCGGAGCGGAUCAAGCUGGAUCAGGUAUUGCAGCAUCCGUUUAUGAGAAAGGCCACCAGCUACGAUAGCUAUCGUGGCGGAGGAACUCUAGCUUCCAGCGAUAGCGGACUCGUAACGAUGUCCAGCAACGGAGGAUCCAACCGAUCCAACAUCCCUUCGAGCUACGGCCAGGAUCAACGGCUACAAGCCCCAAUCAUCCAUCAAAUGCCUCUUCGGUACCAACCGAUCAGCGAACACGAGUACGACUUCCAGGAGAGCAUCUUGCCACAGCAGCGACCUCAAUCUGCAUCGCACAACAAACCAACGUCGGAUUUUUUCUCCGGCAUUAGCAACGAUCCUCGAACGAUGGCCCCAUCGUCCCGCCCCAUGCAACACCAUCUGAAUCAGAUAUCCCUGCUGCAGCAGUUCAACAGUUUGGAGCUGAUGGAAAAGUACAACAUUAACAAAGCGGACAUUGCCAGCGUGGGACGAUCGGCAUCCGAGGGCAGCUCGGGAGUGCUUCUGCAGGAGCAUCAACAGCAAAUGAUACAGCAACAUGCUAUUUCGUUGCUGAAUUCCAAACCCAAAUCGGCUUCCAUAUCGAUGCUAUACCAGAGAGCAGAUAGUGCUGCUGGUCCUUCGUCGUUUGGUGAAAAGGAGAACUAUGCUCUUCACAGGAGGGGUGACCGGGAAACGCCAUUGAAUCCGGGAAAUUAUGAUUUCAUCGAACACUUUCAACCUAAAGACAACAACUACCCACCGCGCAGUGCCACUCCGAAGCGCAGAAGUCCAACCAAAUCGCCGAAAAAGCGUCUGGACAUACCACCUCUGAACACUGCCCGUUUGCUCCCCAAUCGGCACAAGACGAAAAAUGCCAUCCUCAGCAUCCGAUCCAGCGGUGAGGUCGUCCUGGAGUUCAUCAAGUUCAAAACCCGCUACAAAGAGAACCGGGUGGUGGACGUUUGUCGCAUCUCGUCGGAUGGGCUUCGCUUUGUGCUGUACCAUCCGGAUGGGGGGAAAGGCGUUCCGAUAGAGGAAGAACCACCCGAUUUGCCGCCGGGAGGUGCCGACAGUAUUUUCAGCUAUGAGAACCUUCCGGAGAAGCACUGGAAGAAGUACCAAUACGCGGCCCGGUUCGUGCAGAUGGUGAAGGCCAAAACGCCCAAGAUCACGUACUACAGCGAGAAGGCCAAGUGCCAACUGAUGGAAACGUUGGAGGAUUAUGAAGCGAGUUUCUAUAGUGGAACCAAAAUCAUCAAAUCGCCUCAGGAUGGCGUCAAAUUUGUGGAUUCCAGCGGCAUCGCGAUAAAGACCAUUGCUAGUCUGAGUUCAUCGCAGAACGCAGAAUAUCAGCACUUUCAGCAGACCCUGGAACACUGCCUCAACAUCGAGCGGGCCCUUUCCGCCAUCCAAACCGGGAAGACCUUCCCGCUCAUCAUCGGUCGACGACCCGCAAAUGCUCCUCUUACAUCCUCCUCCUCCUCAUCCUCUUCCUCAACCAAAGAAAACCAACUCUAUUCCAACAUCUCCUCUCCCAACACUCCGCAAACGCCUCACCAGAUGCCUUCUUUUGCCAUGUCCACGGCGUCCCACACUUCGGCAGGGAACCCGCUCACUCAACGGCCAGUCCUCUCGUCCAAACCCGUGCCGGCCAACUUCAGCAACGUGGCCAUGAAGAAGUGCACCAUCGCAGGCGUAGGAACGGCCGUCCAGCUAUCGCAAGGCGUCGUCCAGGUCCAGUUUCUCGACGGGGCCACCCUUUCGUUGAUCCCGAUCGAGCAAGGAGGCGGAGUCACGUUUUCCCCGGCCGUGGGAAGCCCACUGCAGCACUAUUCCACCCAGGACAAUGAUGCGCUGCUUCCGGCGAGUCUGCGCGAGAAAAUCGGCCAAAUGCCGGCGAUCUUACGCGAACUGAAUGCGGCCCCGGUGCCGUCGAUUCCGUUCAACUUUCUAGAGGGAUCGCCGCGGACACCGUUGACGCGGUUUUUGCGAUAAGUUUCGUGCGGGGGUGGAAAUAGUUGUUAAAGUUCCAAUCAACAAAAUCAGUUUUUAAGGCCAAACACUCUCUACUAAUUGUAUUUGUAGGUAGUAUUACGAUGGUUAAGAGAUUUUAUCGACUGUGAAAUCACGUUCUACGGACAGUAGGAAAUUUGCAUUAUUUUCUAGUUGAGAAACUGUACUGAAGUAAUUUAUUACACAUAUAUUUUUUAUCGAAUAAAAUUGAAAAGACAAGUUUUAUU